AUGGGAAUAUAAGGUUUGUUGCAGUUGCUGAAACCAGCUCAGCGUGACUGCAAUCUCUCAUAGUUUAGAGGCCAGACAGCGGCUGUAGAUGUGAUGACUUGGCUUUAUAAAGGUGCAUAUGCUUUCUCUUAUGAGUUAGGACUGGAUUAAUAGACGCUGGGAUUUCUUUCUUACCCACUCAAAAUGCUCUGCUUAGUGUAAUAGUAUGGAAUCAAGCCUAUCUGUGUCUUCGAUGGUUUGCAUCUUAAAGCCAAGGAGGCUACUGAAAAGGUUCGCUCGCAUAAUAAAUAGCUGAAUAAAGAACUAGCAAUGUAAAAUGCGGAAGAUGGUAAUGAAGAUGAGGCAAGAAAAUACUUCAUGCGUUCACUUAUAUUAAGAACUAAAAUGAUUGAUUUGUUCCAGGACAUACUCAAAAAAUUAGGCAUAGAAAUGGUAGUAGCUCCUUAUGAAGCAGACUCACAGAUAGCUUAUAUGGUUAAGGCAGGAAUUGCUGAUUUUGCUAUUAGUGAAGACUCCGAUCUAAUAGCUUACGGGUGUCCGAAGUUACUAAUGAAACUAAAUUUCAACGGCUAUUGCAAAGUGUUCAGUAUGACAGAUUUUUAACAGAAUUAAAAAAUUACCGAUCAGUCACUAAAGUACUUGCAAACAAUCACUCGCUAGCAGUUUGUUCAAAUAUGCAUCAUGGCUGGUUGCGAGUAUCUCCCCUCUAUUUAGCAAGUAGGACUAAAGGUAGCCAUAAAGUAAUUUAUGAAGAAUACAGGGGACGUUGAUAAGGUGAUUGAGGAAAUGAAGAAAAGCAAGACUUUCAAGGAGAGAAUACCUGAUGAGUACCUGCCAGCUUUGAAGAAAGUUCAGUAACUAUUCUUUUAUCAAACUGUCUAUGACCCAAGAACUAAAAAGCAGACAACCUUAGAUGAAAUUAAAGAGGAAGAAAAGAUUGAGCUAGAUCUAGAAUAUAUGGGUGAGCACAUAGAUGAGGCUAUUCUUGAGAACUUUGUAAAUGGCAGAUUAAAAAAGUCAACACUUGUGAUUAGAGAGGACUACAUAGAUGUGAUAGAUUUCAAGAAACUAUUAUCAGACUACACAGAUAACUUGAUCACAGAACGCUCAUUAGUUUGUCGAGACAAGAAUUUCUUCAGUAAUAAUUUCUAGUAAUCAGAUCGAGAUCAAGGCAAGUAGUACUAGUAAGAAUAAGAUCAAGCAAAUCGAAAUGAUGAGGAAAGCAAAGCAUCCUCGUAGAAGGUGUUCUAGCCAAAAGGACUUAUAACUGAGAAAAAGAAGAUAUUUGACAAUGAUCUUGGAUUCUUUAUGGAUGAUGAGGACGAUAAUGACGGGCAUAAUAUCUUUUUGGAUUCGGAUAAGGAGAACGAGCAUUCUUAGAUAGUAGAGCAGAUGCAGAAAUCUAAGAUGCUGCCGUAGGUUAACAUGCUUGAGAAUAAGAUGGUCUAGAAUGAUCUCUCUCAGAUCUCCAAGAUAUCUCAGGAUAUGUAGAGAUUAAGAUCAGAUCAAAGGUAAAGCAUGAGUGUGCCCUCAACUCCUGUAUAGAAUCAAAGUCAAAAGGUUAAUAAAUUUGCCAGGAAUAACAAUAGUAAUCUGAACAAUGAAUAGGCUGGCUAAGAUAUCAAUGAAUCUUCCUAGAAGGAUACUCUAGCUAACAAAGGCAAUGGCAUGAAUGCUUUCAAGAAAUUUGACAACAUCUUACCCAUACUCGAGGAAGAAGAGCAUAAAGGAGAGAAGACUAAAAGAAAUCUAAACACUAUUGAAGCAUUUGCUAAGGAAUAAGCGAUGCAAGUUGAGAAGCCAAGUAAAAAGGAAAAAGAGAAAAAAUAUGAAAAGAUUUAUUAACCAAUCAAUUAUUGUUGGGAAAUAAAUACCAUUCAGUUAGCAGUUUAAUUUGACUAAUCUGGUAGCAAUGGAAGGUCUGUUCCUCCACCAAGUUCACACCUAAACAUACCUCAAACAACUACAACACCAUAUAGAGAAUAUAUAAAUGAGGUACUCUCUCCAACAUACGAGAGAUAUCAAGUUAUUAGCCAAAAUACUAGAUUCGAUAAUGGAAGUAUGCUAAGUGCUGACUAAAAAUCCUCAACAUUCUUCCCCAAAAUUAUUAGAAACAAUCCUAAUCAUGAUAAUAAUACUAUUAUUGAGGAAAAAAUUUAAUAUGAAAGGACUAUUUCAUAAGGAUCUACUACGAGGCAUAGGAAAUCUUACAGCAACUAAAAAACCAUGGCAAGUAGUAAUUCACAUCCAAUUAUAGAUCAAGCUGGGAACGCUUCAUAAAUAUCCAAAACUCAAGAAAACCCUGCAAUCGCAUACCAGAACAUCCAGCAUAAUAGUGCCCUUACAUCAAUCGCCUUACCUGUCCCAUCAUAAUCAAUUUCUCCAGAAAAGAAGUCAUUUAGAAUAAAAUAUAGUCAAAGCAUUAAAAGAAGCUCGUAGAAAUUUGAGAGGAAUAAUGAUUCUACUUUAGAUAAAUAUCAAGUGAGUGUUAAGUAGCCUAGUACCAUAAUUGACCUCAAGUCAAUGAAUUCAUAAAUUUCAGGACAGUCAACUACUGAUCCUUACCUCAAUAAUCAAUCUUAGAUGAAGAAGCACCACUCUAAUCAACAAUCGAAUGCUCAAUCAAGCAAGGAGUUUAUUUAAUUAGGUCCACAUGUUGCAGACAAACCAAGGCUUGUAGAAGCUCUGAAUGUUUAGCCUCUUUAACAAAAGAAAAAUUAGUAGAUGACUCAAAUUAAACAGAAAUAUCCAACAAACCCUAUUACUUAAGUUGGCACGGGCCCAAAUGAUUUAGCAUUUGAAAAUUAUCUCAAUAAAAACCUAAAGGAUGAUACCUUUGCACCGACAGUUAUGAGUCAUUACUAAUCAAUACAACAAUAGAAUAAUCUUAAUAACGAUCAAAUACUAAAGGCCAUUAAAGAAAAUCAAACAAGAGCAAAUCAAAUGAGCACUCUAACUAUCAACAAAAAUAACAAAGAAACAAUUUAAGGUUUUAUAAAGGAAAAAUAAGAAGAAUUAAAUAAUGAGACUAUUGAAAUGAGAAAUAGAAUUUAGGAAUAGAAAAAACGCCAUAUCUCUCCUUAAAAACCUCCACUGCCAAGUGAUAAAAACAAGUAUUUCAGAAUAGGUAAUGGAAUGCAUGGAGAGCUUGUCCCUCUCGCUGGGAUCACAACUAAUAUGUAGGAAAACUAAUAAACCUUUUAUGUUACACCUAAUAUUGCCUAUGAAUCGUUGCUAGCUAACCCAGGACUUUAAAAUCUUCAUUUGAUAACUUAAAAAACAGAGAUGAUGAUUGGUAGAAAAUUUGAUGCUUCUCUGUAUCUAGCCUAAACACAAAUGCUUAGUAAUAAUAUAAUUAGCGGGACUAGUAUUUAAUAGCCAGUGGGUACAAAAAAUAGUUUAUUAUCAGGGAUGCUUGCUAGUAGGAAAGAGCAAGUGGACCUUAAGAAUGAAAUUGAGAUGAUGAGACAGAACAAAAAGUAUACAGAUGAGAUGCUAAAAGAUUGCUUAUUUAAAAAUGAUAAGCUCAGUUUUGAGGCUCUUAAUCAUCUAAAUAGUAUUAUUCAAAGUUAAAGAGCACUUAAAGAUAGAUUAAAAGUUGCAAAUGGUAUGGUAGGUUCCCAAAUCUCAUAUGUAUCUGAAACUAGCAGUGUGGAUGGAAACAAAGGUUCUGAAUCCCCAUUUUAAUUGAUAAGAAGUAUACUUGAAGCUAAGGCCAUAAAAGAAAUAAAGGAUGGAGAGCUAAGUAGUAGGUCAGCGAGUUAUUAUGAGGAAAAUCAACUUCAUAAAUUAAUUACAAGGACUCUAGAAAAUUAUAGAACAUAGCAAAAUAAUUCAAUCAAGAAUCCAACACUUCCGUAGACUUAAAGUACACCACGUACUUAAGUGAAAAGUACUAUCAUCAGAAAUUCUGUUUAGAACUAGAUUUCACCCUAAUAAACUUCUAAAAUGAAGGAUAAAACCUCCCCAAGAGCUCCUUUGAAUCUUCAUCCCGAACCAAGAAUCACAAUUUAUCAUACACCAAGUGAUCAUUUAAAUGAUCAUCCAAUUAAUAAAGCUAUUUCAAAAAUAAAUUACAUAAUCAAGCUUAUCUUUAAAGCUCAUAAAGAACUCCCAACUAUGAACCAAUCUAGUAUUGUAGGGCUUAAUCAGAACCUCAAUAAUCAGCCUUAGCAUGUUGUUGAGGAAGCUAAGUUUAACGAAAUAUAAAGAAUGGCUAAACAAUUUAACAUUACUAUUCCCAAGAGAUUUGACAACAAAACUGCUCAUCGUGAGUAUUUCUCUUCUAAAGAGUUCAUUGUUAAUAUCAAAACAAAGAUGAAUGCUAUGCUUCACUAGGCUAUCAAUGAGUCAAAUGGAAUGACUUAAAUAUUAGCUUAAUAUCAAAACAAUGGCAGUGGUGUUUAAGUUUCAUAAAAGUUUUAUAUUGGAAGAGGUAAUAAUGAUGCAGCAGUUAGAAGUGUUUUGAAGUAAAGAUCUUGGUGGAUAUAACAUACUGAUGAAGACUUUGAAGAAGUGAAUUUCCUCUGGACUUAAUGGAAAAAAUAAAAACAUAUAGAUUAUUUGGCUAAUAAUGGAAACAACUCAACCCAUAAAAGUCUUAAAUUUUACAAUAAGAUGGAGCAGAAUAAGUAAUUGACAAAUAAGAAAGGUGUCUUCAUAAACAUGAGAGAAUAUUAUCUGUCUAUGGAGCAAGAUCCAUUCGAAAUCCUUCCCUUAACCUUUCUUGUUAAAAGUGGUGUUAAUGACCCAGAGUUUAGAAGAUUCUAAGAUUAUUUCAAUAACCUUAUAUCUAAGUCAAAAUAAAUUGAGCUAUAACGGGCAGAAGCAUUAUAGUUAAGGAAUAAGCAAUUGUAAGAGAUUAAAGAUUAAAAGGAAUUAGAGAGACAACAAAAAAACAACAGCUUAAUUCUUCCAAAUUUAAAGAAGAAAAAAGCUAGUUACGUUUCUGAUGAAUCAGAUGAUGACGAUGAUGAUUCAAACUAUUCAGAUGAAAAUCAUGAUCAUAUGGGUGAAUAGGAUGAGGAAAUAAAGGAGAUUAAGAGAAAGUUCAGAGUGCCCAAGAAUGUUUGGAUCAUAAAGCCAGGUGAAAACACUAAUAGAGGCAAUGGUAUCAAUGUCUCUUCCAACCUAAAUGAAAUAAAAUCAUUAGUUCAAAAGGCAAAUACACAAAAAGAAAAGACCUACAUCAUUUAGAAAUACAUAGAUUAUCCUUUGCUGAUUAAUAAUCGUAAAUUUGACUUUAGAUGCUAUGGAAUCAUGACCUCGAUAAACGGUAAUUUGAAAGGUUAUUUUUAUGAGGAUGCUUACAUCAGAACAAGUUGCAAAGAGUUUGACAUAGAUAAUUUAGCAAAUAAAUAUAUUCAUCUGACUAAUGAUGCUGUUUAAAAGCAUUCAUAAGACUAUGGAAAGUUCGAAAAUGGGAAUAAAAUGAGUCUAUCUGAUUUCCAGAGAUAUCUUAAAGGUGCUUUCCCCGGAUACUAGAUUGAUAUUAAAAGAGAUUUAAUGCCUUAAAUUAAGAAACUUAUUACCGAUUCUUACAGAGCUGCUUACGGAAAGAUAGACCCCGGUAGACUUCAUAAUUCUUUUGAGUUAUUCGGCUAUGAUUUCAUGCUAGAUGAAGAUUUUAGAUUAUACUUGAUUGAAGUAAAUACAAAUCCUUGCCUAGAAAUGUCUUCUCCACUAUUAGCUAGAAUAAUACCAGAAGUUCUAGACAAUGCAUUUAGACUAAUCCUGGACCCUAUUUUCCCAUCUCCAGAUUUAAGUAAUGUCAGAAAGUACUCCAUUAAUGAGAUUCCUCAAGAACUUAAAUUUACCUUGGUAUUUGAUGAGCAAAUAGAUGGUCCAGAUCUGAGGAAGCUACAAAAUAAAUUUAGCGGAAUUAAAGAAGAGAUUGAAUCUGAUGAAGAGGAGGAGCUAAAUAAAGAAGAGAAUGAAGAGGAAUAGCAAGAGAGUCUAAAUGAUAAAACUAUCGAUUGA